UUGCAGAGCAAAAAACUCCUAUCGCGACCAUCGACAUCCGAAUCUGGUGGUACCUACCUCUUAUCGCCAGCUUCGAAAACGGAUGGUCCAGCAAAAUCGCAGCCAAAGCCACCAGCACCUGCUCCACGAAAUGUUUUAACGGCUCAUGCAGAAGAGGAAAAGACAAGCAGGUUCAAAAAUAUGUGCUUAUGGAGACAUCCAGAAGAGUUACCCAGCAAAAUUGUGCUUCAUCCUUUCCAACACAGAAAUGCCAAAGACCACCCUACGCCAUCUACGUUCACUAGCGCAAGUAGUCAACAUGAUGCUUGGCUCAAGAAAAAACUGGAAGAGGAGCGAAAACGAAAAGCGAAGCAACGAGCUGAGGCAGCGAAGAAAGAGGAGGAAGAAAAAGAACGAAAAGAAAACGCGAAGAAACUGUUCGAGAGAUGGAAAGCGGAACGAGAUGAGAAAGCUCGCGAGGAGCGCAGGCAAAGAAGAGCUAAAGAGAGGGAGAAACAGCAGGCCGAAGAGGAAGCAAAAAAGCAGAAGUUGAAAGAAGCUGAAAAGACUUUUGAAGCCUGGAAACGAUCGCACUCGCGACCGCGUACGUCGUCGUCGAAAUCAGAUUUAGAAAAGCAAAGACAAAAAGAAGAAGCGAAGAAAGAAGCUGAGAAAGCAUUUGAAGCUUGGAAGAGGAAUAAAGAUAGGGCAGAACUUGCACGUAAACGUGAAUUAGCCGAAAAAGAGGAAGUGAAAAGGAAACAACUCGAGGAAGAGCGUGAGUACCGCGAGUUGUUGGCACAGCAAACUUAUGAGACAUGGCUGGAACUGAAGUUUCCAUCACUUUUGUUCACAUUAUGUUAUGGACCUGUUCAGGAAAAUGAACGGCUGCUAGCGCAAAGCAUAAGCUCGCUCAACUUUUCGGAACCACCCCCGCUUCCAUGGCUACCACCGAGUAAUACAUGCCCACGUCAGUUUGUUCCAUCGUCAAGAAAUAGGUAA